CCCCCCCCCCGACACACCAUGUCCGAGUCCGCCUCCGUCACCUGCACCGCCCCGGUCAACAUCGCCAUCAUCAAGUACUGGGGCAAGCGCGAUGUCGAGCGCAACCUCCCCACCAACGGCUCGAUCUCGGUCACCCUCAGCCAGAAGGCCCUCCGGACCACCACCUCCGUGCACCUGAGCCCCGAGCACCCGGCCGACCGGCUGUGGCUCAACGGCAAGGAGGAUGCCAAUGCCUCGCGCGCGGGCACCCGCCUGGCCAAGGUCUUCGACCUGAUCCGGCGCCUUGCCCGCCAGGAGGGCAACCCCCGGGCCGAGUGGCACGCGCACGUCGCCUCGCACAACUCCUUCCCCACGGCCGCCGGGCUGGCCUCUUCGGCCUCCGGCUUCGCCUGCCUGGCCUUCUCCCUGGCCAAGGCGUACGGCCUGCAGGCCGGCAAUGACGUCCUGUCCGGCAUCGCUCGCCAGGGCUCCGGCUCGGCCUGCCGGUCGCUCUUCGGCGGCUACGUCGCCUGGGAGCACGGCUACGAGGAGGCCGCCAGCCCGGAGGACGAGGACUUCGGCAGCCACGCCGUCCAGCUGGCCGACGAGGGCCACUGGCCGGAGAUGGCCAUCUUCGUGCACAUCGUCUCGGCCGAGAAGAAGACCGUCUCUUCCACCUCCGGCAUGCAGACCACCGUGCGCACCUCCCCGCUGCACACCUACCGCGCGGCGCACGUGGUCCCGGCCCGCAUGGAGGCCAUGCGCCAGGCCAUCGCCGCUCGCGACUUCGACGCCUUCGCCAAGCUCACCAUGGAGGACAGCAACCAGUUCCAUGCCACCUGCCUGGACACCUACCCGCCGAUUUUCUACCUGAACGACACCUCGCGCGACCUGAUUCAGCUGGUGCACCGCUUCAACGAGCAGCAGGGCGCCAUCAUGGCCGCGUACACCUACGACGCCGGCCCCAAUGCCGUGGUCUACAUCAAGCGCGAGGCCUGCCGUGCCUGGCUCGAUGCCGUGGCCGCCCUCUACCGCCCGGCCAAUGGCCUGCGUGCCAACGGCGAUGCCUGGUUCUCCGAUGCCCACGACGAGGUCCUGCCUGCCUGGGCGGCUGCCGACUACGCCCCCGCCAACCCCGCCGCCACCGCCGAGCUGGUCGCCCCCUUCCAGGCGGCCCCCGGCGCCGUGGACGGCCUGCUCUUCUCCCUGCCUGGCGGUGGUCCGGAGGUUAUCGCCGACCCUGAGGCCUCGCUGCUCGACGCGGCCGGCAUGCCCAAGACCCUGGCCAACUAAGCGCGCAACAUGGGGAGGGGGGGAGGGGGCAGGGAGAAGGUGUUCCCUGUGUCGCAGGCCCCUUCCUCCCCCCUCCCGCUCCUGUGUCUCUUUCUUCCCCCUUUUUUUUCUCUCUCACGGCUCCUCUCUCUCUCACCAUGUCAGAGGGAGAGAGCGAGGCGCGCGAGUGUCAUGACGAGCGCACACCGAACAGCAAAAGGCCGGUCAUGGCGCUCUGCUGCCGAGGCCUUGAUAUUCUGCACACGCACCUCCCUCUCCCCCGUGUCUCCCCUUCCGAAAAUGUCCAUCUCCUGCCUGCGUUCCCCCCCCCCCCCUCCAAUGUAUCUCUGCACACUCUCUCAUCUCCACGCUCUUGAUGGCAAGCGGUCUUGUCCUUGAGCGGGGGCUGGGUGCUUCCCGGAGGGACUGUGGUGGUGCGCACACCCACAUACAUGUGUGCGGGUGUAUGUAAAUGCAUCUGUGCGCGGGUGUGCACCUUUGACCUGUGCGGAAGCUCAUGCACGCUGAAAGGUGGGGAGGGGGGGGGGGGGAG